AUGGGUUCUUGUUCUUCUGUCCAAAGAAACUCUCUUUGUUCUACAACUGUUGAUAAGCUUGUGAUUCUUCCAUCACCCAUCAAAGAUAAACCCAAAAAUGAUAACUUUAUCAUCGAUCAUGUUUCUCUUAACUCCUUCAAUGGAAGCAAAGAUGAAGCAUUUUUUGAUUCCAAGGGCUGGUUAGACUCAGAUUGUGAAGACGAUUUCUAUAGUGUCAAUGGUGAUUUCACCCCAUCUCGGGGAACCACUCCAGUGCACCACACAUUUGGGACCCCUACCAUCAACAAAAACCCUCCCGAACCAUCUCCAAAGAAAAAGAAUUUGUUAGAACUUUUUAGAGAAAGUGUGAGAGAAGUGCCAAAUGAUGAAGUAGGAAAAACUUUCAGCAAUGAAGAGAAACAAGUUAAACCAAUAAUUGUACAUGAUGUUCUUACUAAAUCUACACAAAGUACUCCUUAUAUCUCAGGUAGCAUUGAACAAACCUUGAAUGAUGAAAAUGAAUCAGUUGGGCCUGUGCAGUGUUGCCUUCCACGCUUGAGUAGCUUUAGUGAGAGGAGAAGGAAAGCUAAUCUUGAUAUAGCAGCAAAUGGAAAAGCUUGA